AUGGUUGCUCCAGGUAGAGUACGACGGGUCGCCAUCAUCGGGGCUGGAGCGUCAGGCUUGACAGCGGCCCGCGCAUUCAUCGCUGAAGGCAUCCCCCAUAUAAGGAUUUAUGAACGGAGGAGCGAGAUUGGCGGAUCAUGGAUCUAUACAGAUGAGACACCCAAUCCAUCACCGGUACCACGGGUGAACCCGCAAGAAGAAGACGAGCCAUUGCGGAAGGAUGGUGUUCCGGUUUGGCCGUCGCCGAUGUACAAGUACCUUCAUACCAAUAUCCCGGCACAGAAGCUUAUGGAGUUCUCCGAUCUCCAUUUCCCGCCAGAUACAGAGACAUUUCCACAUCGCUCCGUCGUCCUAGAGUAUUUGAGGGCAUACAGUGCGCAAGUCAAAGAUUUGAUAGAGUUACAGACUGCGGUGGAGGAUAUUAGGAAAGAUUCGGAGGAGUCAGGAAAGUGGGUUGUGAAGUUGCGGAAGGUUGUGGGCGAUGAACGAACUUGGGAAGAGCGCUUUGAUGCUGUAUGCAUCGCAUCAGGCCACUUCGAAGUCCCUACCAUCCCCUCCGUCAAAGGCAUCUCAACCUUCCCCAAACCCAUAACCCACGCCAAAUCCUUCCGCACGCCCCACCAAUUCACCAACCAGAAAGUCCUCGUUGUCGGGAAUGGUCCUUCAGGUCUUGAUAUAUCGGAGGAAAUCGUCCGUGAGGCACAUAAACCUGUGUGGAGGAGUGUUCGAUCCGAGAGUAAGAUGCCUGUGAUUCCGCAUCCGGAUGUAGAGGAUGUUCCGCCGAUUGAGGAGUAUAGGGAGGAUGGGAGUAUCGUGUUAGAGGGUGGGAAGGUGUUAGAGGGUGUUGAUGUGGUGUUGUAUGCAACGGGAUACUACUAUUCACUACCACUUAUGCCAUCCCUCUGCGAAGGACCGGAUGCCUUAAUCACAGAUGGCCUCCGCAUCCGCCGCCUAUACCGCCAAGUGUUCUACGCUUAUGAUCCAACCCUGACAUUCCUCGGUCUGCCAUGGCAAGUCAUCCCGUUCCCGAACUCCGAAGCACAGGCCAUGGUCGUGGCACGAUUCUACGCCGGCCGCCUGACUAUGCCAUCAACGGAGAAAAUGCUCCAAGCCGAACAAGAUGAGAUCAGCGAGAAAGGUGACGCCCGUAACUUCCACAAGAUGGGACAUCCUAGGGAUGGGGAGUAUAUCAACAUGCUCAGGAGUUGGGCAUUGGAGGCGUCGGGUGAGGGUGGUUUGAUGAUUCCGGAGUGGAGUGAGGAGAAGUUUAACGCGAGAGCGGAGUUGGGGAAGUGGAAGGCGAAAUAUAUCGAGGAGCACAGAGAUAGAUCCCUGAAUUGA